CAGCCAUCUCCAUUGAUGGUCAAGCAUAAAACAACAAAAGCAGUACUGUACACUGAAUCUCACUCGCUCUCUCCCCCUCUCUCCUCUCCCUCAGCUCCCUGCUCUCUGCUUGAGCAGCAACAGUUGAUUCCUCAUUGCAUGGCCAUUGGUAAAGCCACCGUCGGCAAGGCCCUCCCGAUGAAGCCCGCCAAGGACAAGGACUGCUGCAUUGGCUGCCACGUGAGUGGCAGCGUCGGCGGCGGUCGGGGUGGAAGCUCCACCUCCCCCAGCCCUCCUCUCUCUCCGCCGCGCCGCCGGGGGAGGCUCCUGCGGCAGAGGUCGAGCUUCUCAGCUGGCGGGAUCUUGCUCCGGAGGCCGGUGCGGUACCUGGUCCUGCCGCUGCUCUACUUCUCCGGGCUGCUCAUGUGUGUGGGACCCUUCUCGUCGCUCGUCGGCCUCUUCAGCACGCCUCCCGGCUCCGUCUACCGGAGCCAUCUGAUCUUCGAGAAUCUCUGGCCUGAUAUAGUCUCGGAUAACUCUUCCUCAGUUCAGCUGCAAUCUCUAUGGACAUACAAAAGGAGGCUGAAGGAGCAAAAACCUUGUAUAAAUACAACUGGUGGUCGGCGUUUUCUGUUUGAUGGAGGAGCAACUGAACCGAGCGGUUACUUGGUCGUAGAGGCCAAUGGCGGUCUUAACCAACAGCGUUCGGCGAUUUGCAAUGCAGUGGCUCUGGCAGGGCUUUUGAAUGCAGUGUUGGUCAUCCCACGCUUUGAAUUUAAUGGUGUUUGGAAAGAUCCAAGUGAAUUUGGGGACAUAUACGAUGAGGAUCACUUCAUAUCAACUCUUGAAGCAAAUGUGAAAGUGGUGCGCAUGCUACCUGAGGAAUUAAUGGAGAGAUACAAUUUCAGCAUCACUAAUAUACCGAACCUCCGAGUCCAAGCUUGGGCUACAACAAAUUAUUAUUUGAGAGAAGUUUAUCCCAUCUUAAAGGAGCAAGGGGUAAUUCGAAUUGCUCCUUUUGCAAAUAGAUUGUCUAUGAGUGUUCCACCACGUAUUCAAUUUUUAAGAUGCCUUGCAAAUUAUAAAGCCCUGACAUUUUCGCCCACAAUAUCGGCAUUUGCCAACAAGCUACUUGAUCGAAUGAUUGAGAAGAGCUCAAGUACUGGUGGAAAGUAUGUUUCUGUACACCUUCGAUUCGAAGAGGACAUGGUGGCCUUCUCAUGCUGCGAAUACGAUGGUGGAAGGGCAGAAAAAGCUGAACUGGAUUUGAUGCGAGAGAAAGGUUGGGGACGGAAGUUUAAAAGAAAAGACCGCCCCAUUUACGCUGGACUCAAUCGAAUAGAUGGCAAGUGCCCUCUGACACCUCUGGAGGUGGGAAUGAUGCUGCGUGGCAUGGGAUUUGAUAAUAAUACUUCGAUAUACUUGGCCUCAGGAAAACUAUACCAUGCAGAAAGAUACUUAGCUCCUCUGAAAAAGAUGUUUCCAUUUAUCUACACCAAGGAGUCACUUGCGACUCCAGAGGAACUUGCUCCCUUCAUGGCCUACUCUUCGAGAUUGGCCGCUUUGGAUUAUACAGUGUGCUUAUUCAGCGAGGUAUUUGUGACGACCCAAGGCGGGAACUUCCCACACUUCUUGAUGGGACACAGAAGAUUCAUCUAUGGAGGACAUUCUAAGACCAUAAAACCUGAUAAGCAAAAGCUUGUUCUUUUGCUGCAGGAUGUUGGUAUCAGUUGGAGAGACUUCAAGCUUCAAAUGGGGGCAAUGCUUCUGGAGAACAACCGCAAAGGCAUGAUAAUUCCUCGAGUCAAAAAGUUUAACCGCAAAACUUCCAUCUACACAUUCCCUCUACCCGAGUGCGGGUGUCUACAGCAGUCGAAUAACUCGACAGCACUCGAAGUUCCCCGUUCUUCCAGUGCUCCCUAUCCAAAUCUCCUGACCAGUAGGUAGCAAGAAGCUUUAUUCACACAAUUCUUCUCCCAAUUGUGCAGUUACAAGUGGACAAUGAUAUCGCCUUUUGGUUUUUCGCCUUUCUUUAUUCGGGUUUAUUGUUUGAUUACUUAAGUUUUCUUGGCUUCUCAAUGUGUGCAGAUAUCCAGUUUUGGUCAUAUAGACAGAUAAAGUUUUUCUUCUUUUAUAUUUCCAUCCAUAUCCUUGAAAUUCUUCCUUUUGUCUUCCUAAUGAACCAAAGUGUAGAUAUGGAUUAUCUUAUGGGGUUUAUGAUGUAAUUGGUUGCAAUUCACUUUAAAAUGCAGCAGCAUUCGAUAACUAUAAUGUCUUCCUGUAAUAUAAAUUGCCUCGAACACA